CCCCCCCCUCCCCCGCCGCGCCUGGCAAGAUGGCGGACCGGCGGCGGCAGCGAGCCUCGCAGGACAGCGAGGACGACUCGGACUCGGCCGCCUCGGAUAGCGCCGAUUCGGCCGCCAGCGCUGCUCGCUCCCGCUCCGCAUCCGGCUCCGCGUCGGGAUCCGGUUCGCCUCGCCCGUCGCACCGCGCUUCCCGGGGAGCUGCCGGGGCUCUGAGCGCUGGGCCGCGGGGCCGCGGAGCGGAGAGCGCUGCCGGGGGUGCGGCCAAGAGCGCGCCCGAGUCGGAGUGUGAAAGUGAGGAUGGCAUCGAAGGAGAUGCCGUUCUCUCGGAUUACGAAAGCGCCGAAGACUCGGAGGCAGAGGAAGAGGAUUAUAGCGAGGAGGAAAGUGCCAAAGUGGAGCUGAAGCAGGACAGCAACGAUUCCUGCGAGUCAGCAGCCAGAGCAGAGAAGGGAGAUGAGAAACCUGAGCCCAAGGGGGCUGUGACCGGCGAGAGGCAGAGCGGGGAUGGGCAGGAGAGCACCGAGCCCGUGGAGAAUAAGGUUGGGAAGAAAGUUCCCAAGCAUCUGGACGAUGAUGAGGACCGGAAGAACCCAGCCUACAUCCCACGCAAGGGCCUCUUCUUCGAGCACGACCUCCGGGGGCAGACGCAGGAGGAGGAGGUCAGGCCAAAGGGUCGUCAGAGGAAGCUGUGGAAGGAUGAGGGCCGCUGGGAGCAUGACAAGUUCCGGGAGGAUGAGCAGGCCCCCAAGACCAGGCAGGAGCUGAUUGCGCUCUACGGCUACGACAUCAGAUCCGCCCACAGCCCCGAGGACAUCAAGCCCAGGAGGAUGCGCAAGCCCAGGUUUGGGAGCCCUCCUCAGCGAGACCCCAACUGGUCCAACGAGAGACCAAAUAAACCCCCGAGGCACCAAGGAGCAGACAGCACUUCAGCUGCCCCCCGAACCUUCACCAGCAGGAGCUCUGCUGGCACAGGGAGGAUGCCCCCUCCUAGGAACUACCCCCGGGUGGGGGGCUACAAGGAGAGCCGCCCCAGCUACCGAGCCUCAGAGGCAGGGCAGCAGCUGUCCCGGGGCAGUGAGCAGGCCAAGCAGGACAGCAACUACAGAGCCAAACGCCCUGAGCACAGUCCCCCUAGGGACAAGUCCCCGGAGCUGGAGGCAGCACACGGCCACGGCAGCCCUAGCAGGGAGGAGCUUGCUUUGGACAGCCAGGCCACUGCUGUUGAUGCUGCACAGCCACCACCAGACAGGCCAGUGGAGAAGAAGUCUUACUCCCGGGCAAGAAGGACCAGAGUCAAAGCUGGGGAGGCAGGGAAGCUGGCAGAUGAGGUGCCCACCUCGGAGGGGCUGGCUCCUGUGCCUCCAAAGCCUGUCCAAGCUGAGACAUCCACCCCACCACCCAAGAGCAGUAACUGGGAGUCUGCAGUAGAAGCCAACUUGGAUGGACUGGAGCAGGAGAUGACUCAGAUGAACCUCGCUGAGCAGAACUGGAGCCCAGGGCAGUCCCAGUUCCUCCAGCCCCGGGAGCUGCGGGGUAUUUCUAACCAUAUGCACGUGGGAACUGGGCCACCACCUCAGUUCAACAGGAUGGAGGAAAUGGCGGUGCAGGGAGGCCGUGCCAAGCGCUACUCGUCGCAGCGCCAGAGACCCCCGGUGCCAGAGCCUGCGCCCCCCAUGCACAUCAGCAUCAUGGAAGGGCACUACUAUGACCCACUACAAUUCCAGGGACCAAUCUACACCCACAGUGAGAACCCAGCCCCGCUGCCACCCCAAGGGAUGAUUGUCCAGCCAGAAAUGCACCUCCCUCAUCCAGGUUUACAUCCCCACCAGACGCCAGCCCCCAUGGCAAACCCUGGGCUGUACCCUCCGCCAGUCUCCAUGCCCCCCGGGCAGCCCCCGCCGCAGCAGCUGCUCGCUCCAACUUACUUCUCCCCUCCUGGAGUGAUGAAUUUUGGGAAUCCUGGCUACCCCUACCCCCCAGGAGCUCUGCCUCCUCCACCCCCUCCUCAUCUCUAUUCCAACACGCAGGCCCAGUCCCAGGUCUAUGGAGGGGUCACCUACUACAACACUGUCCAGCAGCAAGUGCAGCCCAAGCCGUCGCCGCCUCGCCGCACCUCCCAACCUGUCACUAUCAAGCCACCACCUCCUGAGCUUCUCGUUGCAGGUGGUAAGCAGGGCUCCAGUUAAGUUGAGUUUCUAAAUACUUAUAAACUAAAUCCACCUCAAAACAGGACAGCAAAGGUGAAAAGUCAAAGGAGAGGACCAACACGUAGGGGUGUGGCUGUGGGAAUCCCCGUGACAGACUCAGCUCCUCGGCAGGGAGGAAGCUCCUCUGGAAAGGCUCCUUCCCUGCGCCUGGGUGAGGCAGCAGGAUGCCACCAGCUGCACCAUCCUGCGCUCAGGGCCGGGCACCUUCCCUCUCCGGUUUUCCUGGUGCCCUCCCCAGACCCAUCUGGCUGCUGCUCCUGUGUCCUCCUUCCCCCUCCUGCGCUGAGGUCACCGAGGAACCAACCCCCAGCGUCGGCCCUUUGGCCACAACCUCUCUCAACGUCUCUCACUGCACCUCUGCCCCUUCCCUCCCCGGGGUGUUCCUUUGGCUUGGUUGUGCUCUCUCCCUCUUUGUAUUUAAGAGAUGAAGCAGCUCCCUCAGUAAAGCUGAUUUGUUUCUUUUGGGUA